AAAAGGAAGGAAAACGACGCUUACUUAGUGCACGCAUAUUGAAAAAAUAAAUAUAUAUAAAUUUUAACAAGAAAUUAAUUUUAAAAUUAACUAAAUAGCUGCCGGUAUCAUGCCACGCACCAAGAUAGUUAAAAAUUCAAAACGCAAUCGGGAUGAAGCCAAUCGCGAGGAGAAAAUUCGCAUUUAUGAACUCAAAAUGGACUCUGUAUAUCAGAGCGCAGACGACGAGGAGCUGCGCUACAAAGAGAUAUUAAGUCACAAGCUGAAAUGCAUUGACUCGCGAUUGCAAACUGAGUUGAGGAAUAUGAAAAUGAUAGACUUCCUGGAAUUAUUGUGCGAGAUGGAUCGCUUCAGCGAUUACAAGGCCAGCGAUCAAACGCAACAUAUUGGAUCGCAGUCGGUGUGUAAUAUGACCGUAGGCAGCGCCAUUAACAAUAACCUCUGCGGAAUGAGCUCUACAAAUAGUCGCAACGACGAGGAGGACAGUAGCCUAGGCGGCGCCAGCGUCACCAGCGCCAGCACAUUGUCAGCUUACGGAGCCUCUAUGCGCUCUGCCAAAGCCUUGCGAACACCCGGACCAUUGCAGUCCGCGCGUGCGCGUCGUGAACGCCGUAGUCGCUCUGCUUGUAACGACAUCAGCAGCGCGAAACCACAGGCAGCCUCUGCCAUCAGCAAAAACAGUACCAUGGACUCGCAACGCUAUUCGCGCAGCAAGAUGCGCACACCAAUAGCAUCUAGACCAAAAGCAAUCAGCGCAGAUCGGACGCCUCGCGUGGAUAAAUCACGCCGCACAUCGCCCUCAACACCACCAAUGGCAUUACUGCGCUAUCCCAAGCCCGGCGAGGUGGCGCUAUCCAAAUGCGGAAGCCCCAUGGUGGCCCAGGCAAUGCCUGGCAAGUUUGCUAACGUGAGCAUACCCAUACGCAAUGGCGUAUUAUCGUUGCAGCCAAAGAAACUAGACGUGGUUAAGCAGGAUCUGCUAGAAAACCUGGACACACACACAUUGGAACAGAUAAGGACGCUGCACAAGAAUCUCGAAUUGAUAAUGCACUCAGCCAAUCAGGCGGGCCUCAAAUAAAACUCGCUCUCGAAUUGCUCAACUUCAUAUAGAUACAAAACAUAUAUACACAAAUACAUAUAUAACUAUAUAUA